GCUCCGCCCGCGGAGAUGGCGACGGGAGGCGGGGCCAGCCCGGGGGGCGGGGCCUCGCUGGAGGAGGAGCGCGAGGUGGUCCGCGUGCGCGUCAAGAAGGUGGAGGGGCAGCAGCCGCCUGAGUUCCGCUCGUUCGCCGUGGACCCGCAGAUCACCUCCCUGGACGUGCUGCAGCACAUCCUGGCCAGGGCCUUCGACCUGCAGGGCCGCAGCAGUUUCUCUCUCAGUUUCUGGGCCCGGGACGCUCAGGGCCAGGAAGGUUUCCUGCCGCUGCUCAGCGAUGGAGACCUGGCUGCGGCCUUCAGCGGCGCCCGGCCCGGCCUCAGCCUGCGGCUGGACGUGCGGCAGCCCCCCGAGAGCCCCUUGCUGGAGGACUGGGACAUCAUCAGCCCCCGGGAGGUGGCUGGGGCUGAGCCUGGCCCUGAGCGCCGCUCGCUGCUGGCUGCUGCCCUGCCCCUCACCCAGGCCCUGCUGGCACAGCUGGGCCGGACCCUGGCCCGGGCCCAGGCUGCCCUCUCGUGGCCGGAGGCCUCCUCGCAGCCGGUGCCGGCGCUGCCGGUGCCCCCCCAGUGCUCCCCCCUCGGCGACCUGGAGCUCAGGAGCUUCCUGGGCCCCGGGGGGAGGCUGCAGAGGCCUCAGGACCUGCGCCUCAGAGUCUUCCACGGCGGCGUCGAGCCCGGGCUCAGGAAGGUGGUCUGGAGGUACCUGCUCAACAUCUUCCCCGCCGAGCUGUCGGGCCAGGAGCGCCUCAGCCACCUGCGUCGCAAGGCCUGCGAGUAUGAGGCCCUGAAGGGGGCGCUGCUGGCCUGGGCGCCGCCGGGGCAGCUGGCCCUGGUGAGCGCCGCGGUGCGCAAGGACGUGGUGCGGACCGACCGCGGCCACCCUUACUUCGGGGGCCCCGAGGAAGGCCACCCCCACCUGCAGGCCCUGCAGGACCUGCUGACCACCUUCGCCCUGGGCCACCCCCGGCUCUCCUACUGCCAGGGCAUGUCGGACGUGGCCUCGCCGCUGCUGGCCGUGCUGGACGACGAGGCCCAGGCCUUCCUCUGCUUCUGCUCCCUCAUGCGGCGCCUGGGGCCUCGCUUCCGCCCCGGGGGCCGCGGCCUGGCCAAGGCCUUCGGGCACCUGCGGCGCCUGCUGCGGCGCCUGGACCCCGGCUUCUGGAGCUUCCUGGCCGCCCGCGGCGCCCACGACCUCCUCUUCUGCUACCGCUGGCUGCUGCUGGAGCUCAAGAGGGAGUUCCCCUUCGAGGACGCCCUCAGGGUGCUGGAGAUCACCUGGAGCUCCCUGCCCCCCGCCCCACCCCCCCCGCCCGAGGGGGUGCCUCUGCUCGGGGCGCCCCCCAGGGGCAGGGAGGAGAGGGGGGGGAUGAGGCCCAGGCUGCCCGGGAGGAGGAGGAGGAGGAGGAGGAGGAGGAAGGAUGGAGAGGGGCUCAAGAGCUCCAAGAGUGACCAAGAGGCUCCCAGGAACGUCCAGGAGGGGCUCAAGAGCUCCAAGAGUGACCAAGAGGCUCCCAGGAACAUCCAGGAGGGGCUCAAGAGCUCCAAGAGUGACCAAGAGGCUCCCAGGAACAUCCAGGAGGGACCCAAGAGCUCCAGGGAUGGCCAAGAGGGGCCCAGGAAGAUCCAGGAGUGGCUCAGGAGCUUCACUGAGCUCCAGGAGGGGCUCCAGAGCUCCAGGGGUGGCCAAGAGGGGCCCAGGAACACCAAUUUGGGUGCUGAGGUCCCCAAAGAUCCUGGAGGUGCCACCAAGGAGUUGUGUGAAGACCUCCAAGAGGUGACCCCAGACCACAAGGCCCUCAAAGAGCCUGGAGGCACCACCAAGGAGUUGGCUGAAGAACCCCAAGCCCCCAGACUCCUCAAAGACUCUGAAGCUUCCCCCAAGGAUCCACCUGAAGGCCCCCAGGAGCUAACCCAAGCCCCCACACUGCUCAAAGAACCUGGAGGCCCCCCCAGGGAGUGGGGUCGAGACCCCCAGGUCCCCAAAGAGGUUGGAGGCACCACCAAGGGGUUGGCUGAAGAUCCUCAAGGGCUGCCCCAAGGCCUCAAGGUCCUUAGAGAGCCUGCAGGCGCCACCAAGGAGUUGAGUGAAGGCCUCAAGGUCCUCAAAGAGCCUGAGGGCACCACCAAGGAGUUGGCUGAAGACCCCCAAGGGCUGUCUCGAGACCCCAAGGUUUCCAAAGAGGUUGGAGGCAUCACCAAGGAGUUGAGUGAAGGCCCCAAGGCCCUCAGAGACCCUGGAGGCACCACCAAGGAGUUGAGUGAAGGCCCCAAGGCCCUCAGAGACCCUGGAGGCACCACCAAGGAGGUGAGGGAAGACCUCAAGGUCCCCGAAGAGCCUGGGGGCACCCCAGAGGAGUUGAGCGAAGACCUCAAGGUCCCCAAAGACCCUGGAGGCAGCACCAAGGAGUUGAGUGAGGACCCCGAGCCUCCCCCUCUCGACCCCUGGGGCGGCCGCUGGGCCUGGGAGUCCUCUUCCUCCUCCUCCUCCUGCUCCUCCUCCUCCUCCUCGGAAGAGGAGGAGCUGGCGGUGGAGGACGACGGAGCUCCGCUGCCCCCCCCCGAGGAGCUGGGGCAGGGCAACCCCUUCCUGCUCUUCCUGUGCCUGGCAAUGCUGCUGGAGCAGCGCCAGGCCCUGAUGGCUCAGCCCGGGGACUACAACGAGGUCGGGCAGCACUUCCACCGCCUGCUGCGGCGCCACCGCCUGGACGCCGUCCUGCAGCGCGCCAAGGGCCUCUUCGCCGCCUACCUCGAGGGGUGGGGAGGGGGCCAGCAGCAGUAGGGGGGGGCCAGAGGAGGUCCUCAUGGGACAUCAUGGCAGGUCCAUAGGAGAUCAACCACGGGAGGUCCAUAAGAGGUCCAUGGGAGAUCAUCCAUGGGAGGUCCAUAGGAGAUCAUCUAUGGGAG